CCCGGCAGUCUGCGGGCGCUGCGGAGCGAGCGCGGCCAUGGCGGCGGCCCCGGCGGAGGCGGAGACCCGGCAGCGGCUGCUGCGCACCGUGAAGAAGGAGGUGAAGCAGAUCAUGGAGGAGGCUGUGACGAGGAAGUUUGUGCAUGAGGACAGCAGCCACAUCAUCUCCUUCUGUGCCGCCGUGGAAUGCUGUGUGCUGUUCGGGCUGAAGCGGAGGGCGGCCGGCUUCCUGCGCAGCAACAAGAUCGCAGCGCUCUUCAUGAAGGUGGGCAAGAGCUUCCCCCUGGCAGAGGAGCUCUGCAGGAAGGUGCAGGACCUGGAGCAGCUCAUUGAGAACGCGAGAAACCAGGCCCAGGGGGUCCCGGAGAACGUGCGCAAGGUGCCCAAGCUGCCCAACCUGUCUCCUCAGGCCAUCCGGCACCUCUGGAUCCGCACAGCCCUCUUCGAAAAGGUCCUGGAUAAAAUCGUGCACUACCUGGUGGAGAACAGCAGUAAGUACUAUGAGAAGGAAGCUCUCCUGAUGGAUCCUGUGGAUGGGCCAAUUCUGGCAUCUUUGUUGGUGGGGCCCUGUGCACUGGAAUACACCAAGAUGAAGACUGCUGACCACUUCUGGACAGACCCCUCUGCAGAUGAGCUGGUCCAGAGGCACAGGAUCCACAGCUCCCACUGCCGCCAGGAUUCACCAACCAAGCGUCCGGCGCUCUGUAUUCAGAAAAGGCAUUCCAGUGGCAGCAUGGAUGACAGGCCAUCCCUGUCUGCCAGGGACUACGUGGAGUCCCUGCACCAGAACUCCCGAGCCACGCUCCUGUAUGGCAAGAACAACGUCCUGGUGCAGCCGACAGAUGACAUGGAGGCAAUCCCAGGGUACCUGUCCCUUCACCAGACUGCUGACAUCAUGGCACUCAAGUGGACCCCCAACCAGCUGAUGAAUGGCUCCGUGGGGGACCUGGACUAUGAGAAGAGCGUGUACUGGGACUAUGCCAUGACCAUUCGCCUGGAGGAGAUCGUGUACCUGCACUGCCACCAGCAGGUAGACAGCGGUGGCACGGUGGUCCUGGUGAGCCAGGAUGGCAUCCAGAGGCCACCUCUGCGCUUCCCCCGUGGAGGACACCUGCUGCAGUUCCUGUCCUGCCUGGAGAACGGCCUCCUGCCCCACGGGCAGCUGGACCCACCCCUCUGGUCACAGCGGGGAAAGGGAAAGGUGUUCCCCAAACUGAAGAAGAGAAGCCCCCAGGGCUCCUCCGAGUCCGCGUCUGACAAGGAGGAUGAUGAAGCCACGGAUUAUGUCUUCAGGAUCAUCUACCCUGGGACUCAGACAGAGUUUGUUGCCAUUAAUGGUGCUUUUCACCCACUCCUUGCACCUGUGACUGCUGGGAGAGGGAAGAUCAUGAAGAUUCCAGCUGGAAGCAAGAUGGUGGUGAUGCCCAAAUGGUGUCUGAGUGUCCCUGGCAGAUCCCAAGCUCUCCGUGCUGCUCUGGGCACCUCCUGGCAUCAGUUGCCCCAGGACCUGAUGGACCCUCCGGGGGCUGUCCUGCCCCCCAUGUGGCAGCCCAGCACCCGCAAAUCCUCCUGCUCCUCCUGCUCCCAGAGCGGCUCCUCCGACGGGGGCCCGGCCAACGGCUGCAGCCACGAGAGAGCUCCACUGAAGCUGCUGUGUGACAACAUGAAGUACCAGAUCCUGUCCCGGGCUUUCUAUGGAUGGCUGGCCUACUGCAGACACCUGUCCACGGUGAGGACCCACCUGUCAGCACUGGUGAACCACAACAUCGUGUCCCCCGAUGUGCCCUGCAGCGCCAGCGCGGGGCUCACCGUGGACAUCUGGCACAGAUACCUGCAGGACAGCUCGAGUUACGAGGACCAGGAGCUGCUGCGGCUGAUCUACUACGGCGGGAUCCAGCACGAGAUCAGGAAGGCUGUGUGGCCCUUCCUGCUGGGCCAUUACCAGUUUGGGAUGACGGAGGCAGAGAGGAAGGAGGCUGACGAGCAGACCCGGGCAUGCUACGAGCACACCAUGGCAGAGUGGCUGGGCUGCGAGGCCAUCGUCCGGCAGCGCGAGAAGGAGUCGCACGCCGCAGCCCUGGCCAAGUGCUCCUCGGGGGCCAGCCUGGACUCCCACAUCCAGAGGAUGAUGCACAGGGACUCCACCAUCAGCAACGAGUCCUCGCAGAGCUGCAGCUCCGGCCGGCAGAACCACGCCCGGCUGCAGAGCGACUCCAGCUCCAGCACCCAGGUGUUUGAAUCUGUGGAUGAGGUGGAACAGACUGAAGUAGAUUCUCAGCUGGAAGAUGGCAAGCAAAGCAAGAUCCCCAAUGGGACAGUCCCCAAUGGCACGUGUUCCCCUGAUUCUGGGCACCCCUCUUCCCAAAACUUCUCCAUCACAUCGGGCUUCUCAGAGCGCAGCUUCAGCAACGAGGACAGUGCACUGGAAACCACCAAAUCCUCAUCCAGCUCCCAGGGAAAGGCUGCUGGCUCCGACCUGCCAGCCCCACCAGACACGGAUGGUGUCCAGCAGGAGAAGCUGCAGGGCCAAGACAGCCUGGAAGGGGAAUUUCCCCCUGGUGGAAGCGUGGAUUUUGUCCCCAUGGGUGACGGCUCAGCGGGGCUCCUGCGUGACAGUGACACUGUGGCCCUGACUGUGGUGGAGAGCUGGGCAGACAGCGAGGCUGAGAAGCAGAGCCUGGUGGAGAGUGAGGACAACCUGUCUGAGGAGCCAGAGAUGGAGAGUCUGUACCCACAGCUGGACUCUCUGACUGUGACUGAUCUGACCAGCAGUGAACCAGCUGCUCUCUCCUCCACGGGGGUCACCUACUCUCCAGAGCUGCUGGAUAUGUACACGGUGAACCUGCACCGCAUCGAGAAGGACGUGCAGCGCUGUGACCGCAACUACUGGUACUUCACCCCUGCCAACCUGGAGAAGCUCCGCAACGUCAUGUGCAGCUACAUCUGGCAGCACAUUGAGAUUGGCUAUGUGCAGGGCAUGUGUGACCUGCUGGCCCCUCUCCUGGUCAUCCUGGAUGAUGAGGCUCUGGCCUUCAGCUGCUUCACUGAGCUGAUGAAGAGGAUGAACCAGAACUUUCCACAUGGAGGAGCCAUGGACACCCACUUUGCCAACAUGAGGUCGCUGAUCCAGAUUCUGGACUCUGAGCUCUUUGAGCUGAUGCACCAGAAUGGGGAUUACACUCAUUUCUACUUCUGCUACCGAUGGUUUCUCCUGGACUUCAAGAGAGAGCUGGUGUAUGACGAUGUCUUUGCUGUCUGGGAGACCAUCUGGGCUGCUGCUCACGUCUCCUCUGCUCACUACGUGCUCUUCAUAGCCCUGGCCCUGGUGGAGAUGUACCGGGACAUCAUCCUGGAGAACAACAUGGAUUUUACAGACAUCAUCAAGUUUUUCAAUGAAAUGGCCGAGCGCCACAACACCAAGCAGAUCCUGAAGCUGGCUCGGGACCUGGUGUAUAAAGUGCAGACUCUGAUUGAGAACAAAUGAAGGACCUGGAGCAGACGAGGCACCCAAAGAGCCAGGACUCCCCUCCGACGCUCCCUCCCUUCUCCUGUCUCUCCAAGUGCCACCUCUGUGGGACUCAGGUGGUGGGACACGUGCUGCUAUGUGAGCUGGGAGUCCCCUGGGCUCAGCACAGGCCCAGGCUCAGACCUUCUGCAGUGACUCAACCAAAGAUCCCUCCAGGUGUGUUCCUGUGCCUGGAGCAGGACCAGGCAGUGGCUUCCUGGCCUCGGAGCAGCUGCUGUGGCCACCAGAACUGCCCAGGCAUUGCCACAUCCCAGGGUGGAGCUCGGGGGCUGGGGGAGCAGAGUUUGGUGGCACAGAGGGAGAGCUGAUUCCUUGGAAAGCUGCUUCCUUGGGCAGCCCUUCCCUGUGGGGUGGGAAGGCAGCCAGCCCUGCGAGCCCGGGCAGCACAGGGAUGCUGCCAGUGCUCAGCUUCUCACCAACACAGCGAGGUUCUGCCAGUAAUGGGGGGGACUUGGAUCACAGGAAUUCCUCUUUCGAUCUUGUCCCUCAGUGCAUUGCUUCCCCUUCAGUGUUUUCUUUUUUUAGGGCUCUGUUUUCUCCCUGGGAUUUUACAUUGUUCCUACAAUAUCUGAGCACACAAGAGGUUCGUGUCUGGAUGGAUUUUCAGAACAGCUCCAAAUUCAGCGUUGGGGUUAUUUUUCAAAAUCCAGCCUCUGUAAUGUUCUCUGAACACUGGGAAAUCUGGUCCUGACCUCCUCUGGGAACUCCAGGCUGGAGGUUUUCUUACCUGCCUUACUUUAGCUGCUUGUGGUAGGAGUCUGGUCUCUUGUUGUUCCUCUGAGCUCUUGUGAGGGAAGGGCUCCUCAGAAGGCAAGUCAGAGCUCCUGAUUAUCCUGACUUUCCCUCUGACACCUUCAGGCCUGGCUGUUGAGUCCCCUAAACCCACUGAGCAUCUCCAGUUAGGUCUUGGUGGGCUUUUCCCACAGGCCUGUGAGAGGAAAAUAGCCCAAGGUCCCUGAGUGGGCUUUGCUUUGGGAAGAUGCCCUUGUGUGCAGGCCACUUUUCCUGCACAGCCUGGAGCCCAGUGCAUGAAGUGCCUCUCCAGCUGCUGUGUCCCACACAGGCUGCCCUGCAGAGGCUUCGGAGUAAUUUUUCAACUCAGGUAAAAACAAUACAGGAAAAGGAGAGGGGUGGGUGGGUGGAUUGAGGGUCCAGCCCAACCAGGAGGGCAGUGCUGGGCUGGAGCUCUCUCUCUGAGGGUACUUUCUCUCAAGUUUUGCUGCAAACUUUUGUGUUCCCCUUGGUGCAAUGUGUGCUGUGUGUGUGCUCUCCUCUGGCCCUGCUCCUGCCUUGCUGCUGGAGUGCUCCCACAGGAGGGAAAGGGGCCCUUCCUCCCUCCUCCUGUGCAUCAUCCGUCUGUGCUGGUUUGUGUUGGCUCGUGGCACGUGUCAGAUGUUGCUGGCAGAAAAAAGGUGGUUGUCAGCCUGCACAGGAGAAAAACUGCUGCUUCAGGGAAGGGCUGAGCAGCCUGGUGGAGUGGUUUGCUGUUUCUGAGCAAAUCAGCAAUUUUCUGUGUUCUGGGACAUGGAGGUCACAGCUGGAAAAGGCAGUGGCACAUCCUGAACCCUUUGGGGAAGGGGCUG